CCGGCCAAAGCAAUUGGAUUGAUCCGAGAUCCUGAAAUCGAACCCGUAAAUCUACUUGACCUUGUUGGGUAUAAAACCCAAGUCCCAUAUUGCAUGGACUUGAGAGCGUAUUCAAUACUGCACGAUGUCAAGGAGAACAAUCAAAGUGGAAAAGCAAUGGAUAGCUGUAAUGACUUAUCGUCUUCUACAGCAUUUACAAUCUUGAGUAAAGCAGGCGCCUGGUCAAUGCCCCAUCAAGAUUAUCACGGCGUCUUGACAACUAUCCGCGUUGAGUGCGGCAAGAAGCUAUGGAUUGCGUGGCCGGCUUUGAACAAAACGGAAACUAUCUCCUGGAACCAACGCGGCGAAUUAGUAUCCGACCCAUUUGCCAUCUUGCUACAGGAAGGGGAUAUGCUAGUCCAACCACCUGGAAUAGUACACGCUCCGUACACGCUCACUUUGACCAUGCUAAGUGGAACCAUCCAUUGGGACUCACGUGCUAUGGUUAAGGUGCUUAAACAAUCGAUCGAAGAAUUUCGAUAUCCUGAUACCACCAACGAAGACCCCGCAAUGACUUUCCGCAAACUUGUACGGAUUCGCAUACUUUGGAUGAGUGGCAAUCCAUAUUAUCCAUGGCCGGAGGAGAAGAAAAAGGAGUCAUUCGAUAAUUUAUUCAAAGUAUGUGGGAUUUCAAUAGUGUAA